CUGUAGUAAAAAGGCUGCGAUCACUGGAGGAUCAUGGGAAAUAAAAGUGUUUUGUCAUAGAAGGAGAAGGGGUGUGUUAACUAGAAUUUUAUCGAAAGGUUUUACAAGUUUUACUAAAAGUGUUGAAAAUACUUAAUGUAAGAAUGAAAAGCUAUAUCGUUUUUGCGUUAUUCUUGAUAGCAUCAUUAUCUAGAGACAGUGUUGGAUAUGUGGAGGCUGUUGCUGGAAACAUAGAUGCUUCCCUAAAUCAUUUUCAACCUAUGGUAGCCAUACUUUGUGGUCAUGGAAAAAUUCACAGGAAGUAUCUUAGUGAAAACCUUCGAUGGGUUACCAGCAAAGGUGACCAGAAAGGAUUUUGUACUAAGGACAAACUUGAAGUUCUAGAAUAUUGUCGCAAGGCUUAUCCAAACAGGGACAUUCGAAACAUAGUAGAGUCGAGUCAGUAUUACAAAAUUGACAGCUGGUGUAAAAAUGGGCAGAAAAGAUGUAAAGGACCAAGCUGGGUUAAACCCUAUCGAUGUUUGGAGGGUCCUUUCCAAAGUGAUGCUUUGCUGGUGCCAGAACAUUGUCUGUUUGAUCACAUCCAUAACCAGAGCAUCUGCCAAUCUUUUGAUGAAUGGAACCAAACAGCGGCCCAAUCCUGUGAAUCAAGUGGCAUGAGACUGCAGAGUUUUGCAAUGCUGCUACCUUGUGGUGUAGACAUAUUUUCUGGUGUAGAAUUUGUGUGCUGUCCAGAAAAUGAAAAUUUAUUGUCUCCAAAAAAAUCUUCUAAACUGAGCAACAUUGUUGAAGAUGAAGCUUCUAGCGACGAAGAUGAGGAAUAUUAUGAUGAUUAUGAAGAUGAUGAUGAUGAUUUUGAAGAUGAAGCAUUAACAACCACAACUACUACGACAACUGAAAGUCCUGUUGAUCAUUAUUAUAGAAAUUUUGACACUGAAAAUGAACACCAGGCUUUCAAAAAAGCUCAAAAAGAUCUUCAGGAAUCUCACAGAAAUAAAGUGACAGAGAUCAUGAAAAAGUGGAGUGAGUUGGAAAAACAUUACCAAGAAAUGAAGUUGAAAGAUCCACGAGGAGCUGAAGACUUCAAGAAGAUGAUGACAGAACGUUUUCAGAAGACUGUGGAUGCACUAGAAGAGGAGGGAGAAGGACAGAAAAGACAGCUAAAUGCCAUGCACCACCAGAGAGUCCUGACCGUCAUCACCUUGCGUAAAAAGUCUUCAAUGGAAUGUUUUAUCAAGGCUUUAGAUGAGACAACUCCAGUGGUGAGAAGAAUUGAAAAGUGUCUGUUAAAGCUGUUAAGAGCUCUGGCCAAGGAUAGAAACCACAUGUUACAUUACUACCAUCAUCUUCUUAAUAGCAACUUUAACCAGGCUGUAGUUGAAAAAGAAGCUGUACUGGACCACCUUGAAAACCUGAAUCAUAUGGCUAACCAGAGCAUUCUAAUGUUGGAACGUCAUCCUUCUGUUGCUGACAAGCUGCAUAAAAGAAUGAUGGCUGCCUGGAUAGACUUGAAAGGAGUGUCAGCUGAUGCUGCAUUUUCAAAAGACACUGACAAAACUAUUCUCCAGCAGUAUGAGGCUGAAGUGAAGAAGAAACAAGAAGAACGGAAACAGAAACAGUUGGAAGAAGAAGAGAAACAAAAAGUACUUGAAGAACACCAGAGGGAGAAGAGUCACCAAAAGAACAUUAGUGGAAAGUUAGAGAAGGAGUUUAUCUCCAAACCAAGAGAAGAUGAGAAUUUAUUUUCUGAAACUACUUCCUCUGCAUUUGUGGAAACAGCCAAAAUGGAUAAGGUCCCAAUACCUGAAGAACACCACAACCUACAAGAACCACAUGUAGCCCAUGCUCAGAACCAACCUCUUCAUCAUAAUGAAGUUACAUUCUCUGUUCGAAAAGAAGGAAUUCGAGAUUUUAGAUGGAAUGGAAGUGUUUACAUCACCUUGGCAUUUGCAGGAAUUGCCCUCCUGACUGCUUUAAUUGUUGGAAUUGUUCUUUUGCGCCGCCAUGCUCAUCAGUCACCACAAGGCCAAGGAUUUGUGGAAGUAAACCAAGCCGUUACCCCUGAGGAACGACAUGUUUCAAACAUGCAAAUUAACGGGUAUGAAAAUCCUACUUACAAGUAUUUCGAGUCACAGAAUUAAACUUGAUGUUUCUUUUUGUAUUGGACUUGUGUUUUAUCCUACUUUAUCACUAAACAGUGCAUUGCAUUAAAUAUGCCAGUAUGUGAGCAGUUCAAAGAACAGGUGUGUGCUUCAGUAGUAUAUUGUGGUAGUGUUUGAAGCAAGAAUAAAUGAACCAUCACAUGCUUCACACCACUAGAAACACCUGUUCACUUAGUAAUUAUGUCACAAACCUUUCUCUUGUCUGUUUCAAACUAAUGUAGACUUAAGGAUAUCAGAAAGAGUGUCUAUUACACUUACUCUUCAAAACAUAUGUCUGUGUAAUCUUAGGUGUGAAUUUUAUAUUUUUCUUGUGUGGUAUUCCAAUUUAAAAUUUUUAUGUAGCUACGUAAAAAGAAACAUCUGCUUAUUUAUGUAGUUGUCCAGUUGAUAUGUGAAACUAUGGUAGUCAUUCUGUAAUCAAGGAUUUAAUUAAUAUUACCUUGAGAAAUGUCGAUGUUCAACGUAAGGUAAAUUGAGGCAAAUUCAAAUCACAGUACAUCCUGGUUUAAGGCAAUAAAUUAUUCCUAAUAGUAUUAUUUUUAAGACAUAGAAUGAAUGUAAUUUUUUUUUUCAAUUGCAAGAUGUAAAUUUUUUUCACUAACUUUUUGUACAGAAGUCUUUCAAAAACUUGACAUGACAAGAGCUUUUUGAAGAAAGUUUGGUAAAAUUUAAUUUUAUGGCUGUAUAGCUUAAUAAUGUUGUAGUUAUAAGAAAUUUUUACUUGAAAGCGUAUUAAUCUCCCAUGUUGUCGUUGCUAAUAUGAAUAAACAUGCUAUUUAAAUUUCUAAGAAAAGAAGCCCCCGCUUGACAAAUAUUUAAUCAGUGUUUUCAAUUGCUCUUAAGUCAUGGAAAUAUGAGCUUGCUGAAUUGAAAUUAGCAAACUCUAAGUGUUUUUCUUUUGUUUCAGUGUAAUUGUUUUAUGUUAUUUAAAAAAAAAAAAAUCCUCACGAGGGGAAAUUUAGUAAUGCAUUUCAACUCGGCAGGAAAGUUCAUUUUAUUGACAAAAAUACUAUUUGCUAUAAAUCUUUUUGUUGUUGUAAUACAUUCAACUUUUUGUCCUAACUUAUCAGUAUUUGUUGCUACUUAAGUGUUUCCGUAUCAUAAAAUUAUCAAUUGCUUGAGUUAUCAUUUUGACGAAAAAACAGUUCAGUAAUGCUGUACAUGAACUUUUGUAAUGUGCCAUCAGUUAAUUAGUUCAGCAUCAUUAAAUAAAUUACUUAUUAUCAUUAUAUUCUUAUAUACAUAUGUAAGUGGUAUAUCAGACUAGAAAAUACUGUUUUUAAUAGUUAAGCACAACAUGAUACCUAGAAUUUAUAAUUAGCUACAUAAGUUUAAUUUUCUACAAGUUAUCUGUAGCAGUUUACUAAUUAAAUUAAGCAGCUUCAGGCUUAUGUUUAUAAUGAAUUUUUCAUAAUUUUUUUAUUAAAAAAAGUAUUUUUUGCUUAAAGUUAUUAGUAUUCUUCAUCACUUUUAUACAGUAUUAAAAAGAAACGUAAAGGAAUAUAAUAAAACUGGAUGAUUCUAUUCAGUUUAGUACGUAUAGAUUUACAAGAUACCACAUGAAUCUAAUUCAAACUAAUUUUGCUGUAUUUGGAAGUCAACUUAAAUUCUCUAUGAAAGUUUUAUGUUAUGCUUUUAAUAAGAUGCAAUAGUAAAAAUUAGAUUUUAUUAGAACAGAUGCACUUAUGUUAGCAAAAUGCCAUGAAUACUUGUAGUACAAGGGUAAAUGAGGUGCCAACUUUUUUUUAUGCAUUUUUAUUAUUUGUAACUCAAAUAUUUUGUUUGGAUUAGAUUGCUUUAUUUUUAGUGUUCUAAUUAAAAUAAAUCAUUUAUAGUUUAGAACAGAUCAUUAUAUAUAUAGUUGUAUUGGAAUUCAUAAUAUGUUUAAAUUUUUUAGCAUGUUCUUGAAUUACAGUGUGUUCAGUACUGAAUUACUGUAGUGUAUAGCAAUUUUGUGUGUACAUCUGGCAUACCACAAAGAAAAUAUUUUUCCAACUACAAAAUAAGCAAAGAUUUGAAGACUGGAUAUACUUUCAAAAAUACUGUUUCUACUUUAAUUAUUAAUGUUGGGCAGAAGAAGUUUGUCUCCUGAGGUUUCAUAUCAUUCAUGUUUAUUAUUAUAUAUAGAUAUUCUUAUACAUAAAUAAACCAUAUGAAUAUGAUUAUGCUGUAAUAUUUUUCUUUCCAUUUGUGUUUGAUUCUAAGUUUAGUAUGAUGGUGUACUGUGCUAUCAGUUUGUCCCAAAUAAAGUUGUAACCUUGGAAUGUGAAUUCUUCACAAUAAACUAAAAUAACAGUA